CUUGAACAGACAAACAAUACUUCUUUUCUACCAUUUGAACAGCCAUGAUGUUCCUCCUUUAAUCGAUAAUACAUAUACAGCUAGUGAUAUACGGGCUUUAGGUAAAAAUCAAAGGCUCCAUUUUCUCUCCGAACAAAAAACUAUCUACCAGACGAAAACAACCAUAAUGGCCUCCCCAUCCAUCCUCCAAACACGGUUAAAAGACCUCUCCGCCUCCCUUGGCCAUAUGCAUCCUUUGAUAACUCGACUGUGGAACUUCACAACUGCUAUCGGACAAGGUGAUCAGGCCCGCUUGGAGCUCGGAGCGGAAAUCCACACUCGGCUUAAGGAGGCAGAGGAAGAAAUGGAGCUUCUGCGAGUUGAGAUUGAGGCACUGGAACCUAUCCCAGAGAACAGGAGGAGAGGGGCGAAUAAUGAAGAAAAAGAGGCAGAGCGGGAGAGGAUUGUUUCGUUGGCGGGGAGGUUAGAAGAGGAUUUGAAGAGGUGGGUAUGAUCAUUAUGGACUGAAGUGUCGUGCCGCCGGAUGCAUGAUGGAUUUAUUCCUUUCUGCUUGCAUUGCUCUAAACAUUGUGCUAAUAUGCGGCUGCGAUAGAACAAGAGGAGAGUUUCGGAGGGCUCAGUUGCAGGCCAAGAGGAAUGCGGAACUUGCGAAACGGAAGGAGAGAGAAUUGCUCUUCUCGAGAUCUGCAAAUGCAGAGGCGGAGGGUGUUAGGCAAACUUCGGAGAAGCUCACGCAGGAUGAGCUGAUGGUUAACGCGUCGAAUGAUGUGACCUCUGCUUUGAAGAGGACAUAUUACUUGAUGCAAGCGGAGCUAUCAAGGAGUCAAUUCGCGCAACAGACACUAGAACAAUCGAACGCUGCUCUGGCCUCUCUGUCGGAAUCCUACGGAGGCCUUGACAGUUUACUAUCAUCAUCACGCUCCCUCGUUGGAUCUCUUCUCCGCUCUCAAAAAUCGGAUACCUGGUACCUUGAAACUGCGUUCUACGUACUUGUUGGGACCAUAAUUUGGCUUAUAUUCCGCCGUAUAUUAUAUGGUCCCUUCUGGUGGCUUGUCUGGUUUCCAAUGAGGCUCAUCGCCAGAUUUACAUUGGCGGUCCUCGGCGCAGUGGGACUGACCAGUACAAAUGCGCUUCAAUCAUCAGCGACUGCCUCGUUGAGCAGUACCCUCACACCUGGUUUCGUCCACAAAACCGAAGUUCCUGCGAUUGAAAGUGUUACGGGUAGUGCCAGUUGGAAUCAAGAGCCUGUCACUACGGAGGGCGACCGUCUGAUUGACCGGAUUGGGAAAAUGGCAACUGGGGAGGCGGAGAUGGAAGAAACGAAUGUUGAUGACAUCUCACCUGAGGAAAGGAAGAGACAGGAAGAGAUGCCCCGGAACUCGAAGAAGAGAAUGUACGAAGAGGUUAUCAAUGAGAACCGGAGAGAUGAGCUAUAGACGAAUUGAACGAAUUGAUGCCAACGAUAACAGUCA